UUAAAGAUCUGUUUUUUUCAAACCGACAUUAUAGAUAUAUUAAACAUAAUAAUUUCGUAAAAGAUAUAUUUAGGGUUUUAAACCCCAAAUCACCACUGCCGCUUUCCAUUUCUCUUGCCCUUUCCAUUUCCCUUUCCCUUCCCCUUUCCUUCAUCUUCUUCUGCCGAAGGAAGACCCAGCACCGUUCCCUUCCCCUUUCCUUCAUCUUCUUCAGCCGAAGGAAGAACCAGCGCCGACACUUCUCCUUGCCAUCGAACAUCCGUUCGUCGGUCGCCGUGUCUCCCAACUGCGUUCAAUCUGACCAUAUCGUCGAAUCUGGCCAUUUUUCUUUUUAUCUUCUAUCCUCUAUAUUUUCAUUCUUUUUCUCCUUUUUGUUUCGAUCUAACCUUUUUUUUUUAUGGUUUUCAAUUUUUUUCUCAGCAAAUAAGAGAUUGGAAAGAUGGUAGAAAGGAAUAACAUAAAUGAAGAGAUUUAAGAAGAAAGCAGAAAUGGGGAAUUUAGAAUGGAGGUUGUGGGUUUUUUCAACGAGUCACGGUCUCAACUUCUUCCCAUUUCUUCCACUCCCUCGCCGCCCCACUUCUGACUUGCCGCUGCCGUUACAAUCACUUGAUUCUCUCGGGAAUUUGGAGAUUACGGUGCAAGAGAUGCAAGUAUCAAAGGGGUCACCGAGCGAAACCGAUCAUCAUCGAUCCAGGUCUUUACUUAUCCAAAAAGUCGGAACUUGCUUAGACAACUCAAAGACGCUCACUUCCAACAUUCUUCAAGUUGUUUACAGGGAGGAGCUAUCUCUAAACAAAUGACUGUAAUAGAAGAAAUGGUUGCAAGUGAGUACAAUUAGCGAGACCCUCAUCUUUGUGACAAGAUAUUGAAGAUGGUCAUUUGUGAAGCGUUCUAGUUUGCUAUUAGUUGCAGUUUUAGUUAUUGCUCUCUCAAUAUAUUCUUUUUCUUUCUUUCUUUCUUUCUUUCCAAAGGAUGAUCAGUGUAUAAUA